AUGAAAGCUUUACGCGCUUUUUUUGCUAGUGAAAGGUUUCUUUUGGCAAAGACUUUUCCGGAUAAGUUACAUUAUACGACAGCAAUCAACACCCCAAAUACGAGUUUCGACCCAAAGCCUGUUGCUCAAGAGUUAAUCUUCUCUGGCAUACAACCAACCGGAAUUCCACAUUUGGGAAACUACCUCGGUGCAAUAUCCAAUUGGGUCUCGUUGCAAAACACGGAUACAAGAAGAAAAAAUAUUCUUUAUUCGAUUGUAGACUUGCACGCGUUAACCUUACCACAGGACCCUAAUAUACUAAGGGAAAGCAAGAAAAAGAUGGCGACAAUAUUGAUCGCAUGUGGAAUUGAUCCUCGAAAAAGUGUAAUUUUUGAACAAUCAAAAAUAUCGGAACAUGCUGAACUUGCGUGGAUUUUGAAUUGUAUAGCACCUUUUGGGGAAUUAGGAAGAAUGACACAUUGGAAGUCAAAACUACAUACGGACAAAAAUAUCAAAUCACCUCAAGACAUUGAAUCCACAUCUGGACUCUGUUUAGGAUUAUUUAGCUAUCCUGUAUUACAAGCUGCCGAUAUCCUACUGUACAAAGCAACGCAUGUUCCGGUCGGUGAUGAUCAAAUACAGCAUUUACAACUUGCAAGAGAUAUUGCAGAAAAGUUCAAUAAAAAAUUCAAUCCAAUCUUUCCAUUACCUAAUCCGAUUUUAGUAUCUGGAAGUCGAAUAAUGUCUCUUCGCCAACCCACCCAAAAAAUGUCAAAAUCCGCCACAUCCGAUUACAGCCGCAUAAAUCUCACAGACCCACCCACCACAAUCGCUUUAAAAAUAAAAAAAUGCACCACCGACUCUAUCAAAGGAGUUUCCUACGAUCCGACAGAAAGACCGGCAAUUUCGAAUCUGGUUUCUAUGUACGCAGCAGUUAAAGGAAAUUCAACAACGAUAGAAGAUGUGGUCGCUGAGCAUAAAGACAGCAAUACUUUACAGUUUAAAGAGGCGUUAGCAGAUGUUAUUGUGGCGCAAUUGGUGCCGAUACAAAAGGAGAUUGAACGAUUGGAAAGUGAAGUGGGAUAUAUUGAAAAAGUGUUGGAUGAGGGUGCGGAGAGUGCGCGGAUAAUUGCCGAACAAAACUUGAAGGAGGUUCAUCGAGUGGUGGGUCUGCGUUGA